AUGUUUUGCUUGAUAAGAAGCAUUCAACGGAAAUCUUUAACGAGGAUAUGUUGCUGCAACAACAGCAACUACAACAAAAGUAGUAGUAGCAGUUUGAACAGAUCAUCAAGAUUUGCAAAGAACUAUGCUACUCUGGCAGAUGGGCCAGUAGAUCACCAUAAGAGACUUGAUCUCCAUGAUUGGCCAUCAUCAAAGAACCCUACCGCUUAUGAAGUAUUUGGUCUUACUUCAAAAGAUGUUGGAAUGUCCAAUUUAGAGUUGCACAAGAUCAUCAAACAAAAAUAUGUCAAGUUGGUUAAGUUGUACCAUCCCGAUACUUCGUUGGAUUUGAUUGAUGAGUAUGGUGAUAAAAUGUCAGAGAAAACCAAACGUAAACGGUUUGAUCUUAUACAGGAGUCGUACGAUAUUUUAAAAAAUCCAAGGAGAAGAGGUGCAUAUAAUAGAUUCCAAACCACACAUUGGGAACAACAAGGGCCAGUUAAUAGAGAGCGUGGCCCCGAUGGUCAGCCAUACACCACGGCAUCUUUUGAGGCAUUUAGAAGAGCAAAUGCACACCGUACACGGUUUGAUUUCAAGCGAAAUGAAGAGUUUUGGUCUGCUGGGACCUGGAAUGACUAUUAUCAAAUGAAAUACAAGCGACCACCGCCAACAAAGGAAGAGUUUGAAAAGAACAAGUACAAAAUAUUAGCUGGGGUCUUGGCAGUUGGUUUUUUGGCAUUUGCAUUGCAGAUCAUGGGUGCUAUUGAUAGGACUAAUCAGUAUUUAGCGGAGACGCACAGGAUGAAUUUGCAAUCGAUGAAGGAUUUGAAUCAGAGCUAUGCUGGCGGUGCUGGGAAUCUUGAUGAGUAUUCUGAAGCAGAAAAUGUUCGUAAAUUUUUGAUUUCGAGAAGAAGCACCAUAAGACUGAAGCAAGAGGAGAAGCGGAAUGAUGGUAGUGAUAUUGAUUUCUUUGCUGAGCGAGAAGAGCCUAGUGAUGAUGAUUUGUUGAUGAGAUAUGCUAAAGGACGGGUCAAUAAAUGGGAUGACGCCGAGGCGCAAUGGAUAAAUGAGAGAAAGGACUAA